UCUCAACAUUUUGUAAUAAGGUCAAUAAUUAAUGGGUCUUAAUUUUAAUCCCCUUUUGAUAUUGAUGGGGGUUUUGUUGUGUUUUUCAAUUGACGGGUCUCGUUGUUAUCAACGUCCAAAGGCGAGGGAGACUCUCUCCGUUCCUCUUGAUGAUGAUGCUGAUGAACUCACUCCUCAACAGGUGCAUAUAUCUCAAGUUGGGCCUGAUAAAAUGAGAGUAACUUGGAUCACAGACGCCGACGCUCCAUCAACAGUGGAGUACGGCACUUCAUCAGGCCAAUACCCCUUCUCUGCCUCCGGUUCAGCCUCCAAGUACUCCUAUAUGCUUUACGAAUCGGGCCUAAUCCACGACGUCGUUGUAGGCCCCCUAACGCCAAGCACUGUCUAUUAUUAUCGUUGUAGUUCUAAUCCAGCACGCGAGUUCUCUUUCAAGACUCCUCCGUCAAAACUUCCCAUCAAUUUUGCAGUAACCGGAGAUCUUGGUCAGACUGGAUGGACGAAUUCAACCCUCACUCACCUCUCAACCUCCAACUACGAUGUCCUCCUCCUCCCUGGUGACCUCUCCUACGCCGACUUCUACCAACCUGAAUGGGACUCCUUUGGCCGAUUGGUCGAACCCCUUGCCAGCAGUCGACCCUGGAUGGUAACUCAAGGCAACCACGAGAUUGAAAAAAUACCAAUAAUUGAAAAACCCUUCAAAGCCUACAAUGCAAGAUGGCACAUGCCUUACGAAGUUAGCGGGUCUAACUCGAAUUUGUACUACUCAUUUGAUGUAGCUAGUGGUUCAAUCCAUGUGAUCAUGUUGGGCUCGUAUGAGGACUUUGACUCAGGUUCAGAUCAGUACAAGUGGCUAGUUGAGGAUUUGGCUAAGGUUGACCGGAGAAAGGUUCAGUGGUUGAUUGCACUGAUCCAUGCACCAUGGUAUAAUUCUAAUGAAGCACAUCAAGGGGAGGGGGAGGAUAUGAGGAAAGCUAUGGAGGAUUUGCUUGUUCGUGCUCGUGUUGAUGUCGUCUUUGCUGGUCAUGUUCAUGCAUACGAGCGCUUUGCAAGGGUAAACAACAACAACGCAGACGACUGUGGAGCAGUGCACAUAACCAUCGGCGAUGGAGGCAACAAAGAAGGAUUAGCGACGGAUUACAUGAAUCCCUCGCCCGAAAUCUCUCUGUUUAGGGAGGCGAGCUUCGGUCAUGGCCAGCUCGAGGUUGUGAACGGGACUCAUGCACUUUGGACUUGGCAUCGGAACGAUGAUGAUGAACCGGUCGUCGCUGAUCAAGUCUGGUUAACUAGCCUCUCAUCUAAUCCCGCUUGUAAUAGACAGAACUAGGCGGACUAUUUACUUAUUUCUUAAUUUUUUAUUAGUAGAAAGAUUAUUGAAUUUACAUUGGAUAGUUAUCUUAUUGUGGAAUUUGUACUCGGCUAUAAUUGAAAUGCAAAGUUUGAAGCAAGGAUUU